AUGGACAUGGACGCGCUGACGCGGCGCCAAGCCGAUAAGAUCGAGUACGUAUUACAGGAUCUUCUGCUAGACCUGGAGCUUGUGUCGCUCCUGCCGGUAGACAUGACCCCCUGGACGCGAAAGGUGUGCCUUGAAACCGUUCAUACCCAACUUUGCAGCGGCGCAGAGGAGGGCGAUGAGGAUGAGGAGGACGAAGAUGUAUAUGCGGCGCAGCUCAUUUACGGCGUCGCGAAACGCCACGGGGACCCAACUGACGUUGACGGUAACGAGGUGCUGCUGCAGAUGGCGGAGUUUGCGGAGCUUGAGAAGGAUAUGCUGGAGGCGGCGACGGUGGUGGGUAGCGUGGAGGAGACGGGGCUCAACCGGCACCACAUGCUGUUUCGCGCCGUCCUGGACACCCUGCGGGAUAACGAGUAUGUGCCAAUGGUGCGAGAGAUCCAGGAGCGGCGGGCCAAUGCCUUCAUCAUGAAGGGGGAUUCUGCGCUGGCGCCCCUGCUAGACCCCGGGGUGUCGGCUCUGCAGCGCGUCAUGGAGGCGUUGGCAGCACUCAUCGCGGUACGUAAUAAGACGACCGUGAACGAGGAUGUUCACAACUAUAGAAUUCUCCACGAGGCGGUGAAUAAAGAAAAAACGGCCUCGGCGGAUGUCAAGGCGUUGAAGCGGGAGUACCAGGAAACAAAGGAAUCCCGCAUGGCAGAGGUGGCAGCCCUCGACACUGAGAUACAGCAGAUAGAAGAGGAAAUUGAAUACACCCGCGGCGUGGUCGCCAUGGAGCUGGCGGCCUUUCUGGAGGUGAAUCAACAACUGCAGGAGGAACGCCAGGCGCAUGAUGCAAGUCACUUGGGGGAGGUGCGGCAGUUGGCCGCCAAACAUGAAGAAGCGCUAAGGACAUUGGUGGCAAAAAAUCACGAGGAGUCUAGCAUGCUACGGACCCAGCGGGCCAAGAAAGAGGCUGCCGUGAGUGCUGCAAUCACGGAGUACGACUUGCAGAUGUCAACGUUGCAUGCUGCCACAGCGGCUCUCAAUAAGGAGGCGGAGGAAGACACAGAGGCUAUAGUUGCGCUUGAGGAGGAACUCAGGGUGCUACUCACGUCAAAGAACGAGUAUGAGCUAGAGAAAUUCAUUGAGUCGAUGCGGGACAAACACUACGAGGAUAUGCAGGAGGCAUUGAAUCAAAACACGCGAACCAUCCAGGCCUGUUUUCGUGCCUACAUGGCUCGUGUGAAGUUUCAGAAGGAGCAAAACACCUCAAAGAAAAAGAAGGGACGACCAAGGAGGUGA